AGUUCAGUAUGUCAAAUGCGCCUGAAACAGGCGCCCUCCGCCGAAAAUCAUCGUUGCACAUCAGGGAUACACGGAUUGCCGGACUCUAUGAUUUAGAGAAAACCAUCGGCCAAGGGCAUUUUGCAGUGGUUAAGCUGGCAAAACAUGUUUUCACUGGAGAAAUGGUCGCCGUAAAAAUCAUUGAUAAAACAAAGAUGGACGAAGCAUCAACGUCACAAAUUAUGAAGGAAGUAAGAUGUAUGAAGCUAGUACAACAUGCAAACAUUGUUCGGUUAUAUGAGGUGCUGGACACCCAAACAAAAAUAUUUCUGAUUUUGGAACUCGGCGAUUAUGAUUUACAUGAUUUUAUCAUCAAACACGAAAAAGGAGUGUGCGAGUCGUUAGCCCAGCAGUAUUUUUGUCAAAUCAUGACUGCCAUCGACUACUGUCAUCAGCUUCACGUUGUUCAUCGCGAUUUAAAGCCGGAAAAUGUGGUUUUCUUCGAGAAGCUUGGGAUGGUAAAGCUAACUGAUUUUGGAUUCUCAAAUAGCUACGAGCCAGGAGAGCAACUCAACACUUCCUGUGGAUCUCUCGCCUAUUCAGCCCCCGAAAUUCUUUUAGGAGACUCUUAUGAUGCACCAGCUGUUGAUGUAUGGUCAUUAGGUGUUAUUUUGUAUAUGCUUGUAUGUGGUCGACUUCCUUUUCAAGAAGCAAAUGAUUCAGAGACUUUGACAAAAAUUCUUGAUUGUAAAUAUUCGAUUCCAGAUGUUUUAUCCGAUGAAUGUAGAAAUUUAAUUCAAUCAAUGCUUGUUCGUGAGCCACAGAAGAGAGCAAGUCUCGAGAAAAUAGUAUCAACGUCAUGGGUUCAAGCUGGCGAUCGAGGUUUAUCAACGGCGAUCCCUUUAAUAGUUCGACACCAUCUUCCAACCUCCGCCCACGCAACAAUAAUCGAACAAAUGGUUGCUGGAGCAAUAGCAUCAGAAGAAGAUAUUCUUCGAUUCUUAGAGAACGAUGAGUACAAUUCAGUCACAGCGACAUAUUAUUUGCUUGCCGAACGAGUUCUCGCUUCGUAUCGGGAAGAACAAGCACGAGAGCUUCUUGCAAAACAUGUCGAAUGGGAUGAUCGUCCUGAUCCAAUAUCUGAUAAUUCUGGAGCAACUACAAGGAGCAAUAUAAAUUCAAGAUGUAGAUCUAGAUCAAAUUCCUGGAGAGCUCGACCUUGCUCGAUUUUAAAAGAAGAGAGCGAAGAAGAGUUGUCUUCUUAUCUGAGAUCCGCUAGUCGGCAAAGCAGCAGAUUCUACCCGUUGCACGAUUUUGUGUCGUCACCACGCAGUGCAAGUCGAUGUUGUAGUGCACAACUAUCACGUCAAAAUUCUGAAGAAGCGAUGAGCUUGAAGUCUUUGGAUAGUGAUUCGAUGCGUCCAACCACAUUCUACAUUCCAAAUUCUGCUGUUUCGACGACGAAUCCGACUACUCCAACAUCAGCCAUCAUAAAUCGAUUUGAUGAAGUUCUUUCACCGAUUGAUGAACGAGAAGGAAGUGAAUCGGAUCUUGUUCGAAAGAAUUUACGAAAGAUUGUUCUCAAUGAGAUAGUUGACGAUUCAUUGGCUGGAAGUGAUGAGCAUGCGAUUCGAAAAUCCAGUGAUAGUUGUUUGCAUGCCCAUCAUCAGUUGCUGCGUUCGGCAUCCGCCAAAAGACUUCUCAGAAGAAACUCAUCACCCUCCGUCUCAAUGUUCUCUGGAAUCACAAGAGAUCGUGUCAGUCCGCAAGCUGUGCAGGAACUUCUUGAUUUAAAUCGACUUGGAGGUGUUCGUGGACGAGCUGCCAGUCCAGAGAGUGUCCGCAGUAGUAGAUCACCAUCACCGCCUGCUUCGAGUAGUGGAAGAACAUCACCAGCAAUGUCCACAAUUUCAUCAAUGUCACGUCUGAAAGUAAGCGCAUCAAAUGUGACCAACAGUGGAAUGAGAAAACUCUCGAGUUCUCCACAUUUACUUGGAAUUUGUGAAGAGACUGAAGAUGGAAGCGAAGUUUUACAAUCAACGUCAAGCCGCCAUUUGAGAACUUUGGACGAUCGUGGGGGUCGAGCCAAUCGUUACAGAUCAGCUUCAACUGGGCUUGUGCAUCUGCCGAGUCGUCAUCACUCAGUUCACGCCACAAAAAGUUCUGCAGCUUCACUACUCACAACCCCUUUCGUCUCAAAACCUCAAGGAAUAACCCCAACACCUUCUAGUUCGAGCUCGACAUCAUUUGUUCAGUUCACACCGAAUACCUAUAGUGCUGUUAGAUCGAUUCGUCCACGUCAAGCUAUUGUUUCACCUGAUAUUUUGCGUCGUUACGAUCCUCAUCAACGUUUUAUAGUACGAUCAAAGAGAAGUACAUCUUGCUCUUCCUCUGAUGCAUCGGAUGAUGAUGAUGGUAGAAGAUUGACAAUGUUAUCUUCGAAAUGUGCAUCGAAAUUUGAUGAGAAAAAUAAAAAAGACGAUGAUGAUGAGGCAAACGGUGGAACAACGGGAAAACGUGGAAAUUCUGGAAGUGGAACGACAUCUCUUACUGUAACUGGUAAACAAUCUAAUAAUCAGUCUGGAAUAGCUCCACAAUCAAAUGAGAAAAGAUCAACACUCAAUGAUUCGGUACUUCCACUUCGACCAAUUCCUGAAAUGACUCUGCUUGAUCAGACGCUUACUUCACCGGAUUGUGCAUCAAUUCGUGACCGAAUCCUACACACUUCCUUAAGUACUCAAACUAUGAUUCGAAAAUGGACAGAAAUGGAUUCAUGGUACGGUACACCACCAAGAGAUUACGAAGAUCGAACUCACUUACACGAGAAGACCCCAUGGCUUCGAUGCCUUCGUCGAACUGCAUCAAGUCAAGAUUUAUUAAGAGAAAGUGACGAAAAAGCCACGAGUGAACAUGGAAAUGAUUCUGGAUGUUCUACAACAGAAAAAGACGGAGAACAUCAGUGUACAUCUCCACAGUUUAUACAACAAAAUAUGUAUAACGAUUCGAAAUUCUCAUUUCUGAAUACUUUGCCCAUGGAGAAAGUUGACCGAUGGCUACAAUGCGCCGAUUUUGUAUUUUAAAGGAAAAUGCAAAUUGAAUGAAAAUCAAUUUCAUUAAUAAUAUUUCUAGAAAAUUAAUUUUUCAUUUUUAAAUUCCGAUUAUUUUUAGACGUGCUUAUCCAAUCAGUCUACGAACUAGUUUCUUCUUCGCAGAACAUUCGAUUUAUUAAGUGAUCUUUAUAGUUUAUUUCUCCGAAUUUCCAGUCUUUCUUCAUUCUUUAGUCGUUUCUUUCCGGUUUCCCACUUUAAAAAGUUAUAUAAUCUUUUUUUCAGUAUUUUAGUCCCCUCAUAUAUUUCGUUUCUUUUUUAAAUUGCCAUGUUUUCAAAGCCACUUCAGCAUAGUUCUUAUAGUGUUUUUCUUUCUGUUUUUUCUCUCUCUCUCAAUCUGGUGACCAUUUUUCUCAGAAGAGCUCUUUUCCCCCACACUGUCGUUCGAGGUUUUUUCUCAAAAUUUUAAUUUUUAAUUUAAACUUGCAGCAGAGCUUAUCCAUCGUAUUAGUUUUAUCAUUUAAAUAAAUAACUUUUUUUCA